AUGGCAGUUUGGCGUGGUCGGGCCGUGCCACAAGGGGUGCCUGCCAGCCUGCACCUCCAUCUGCAGCAUGCCCUUUCUCUCACCUCCCGUUCUCCUCUCACCUCCCGUUCUCCUCUCACCUCCCGUUCUCCUCUCACCUCCCGUUCUCCUCUCACCUCCCGUCCUCCUCUCACCUCCCGUUCUCCUCUAACCUCCCGUUCUCCUCUCACCUCCCGUUCUCCUCUCACCUCCCGUUCUCCUCUCAUCUCCCGUUCUCCUCUCACCUCCCGUUCUCCUCUCACCUCCCGUUCUCCUCUUGCCUCCCGUUCUCCUCUCACCUCCCGUUCUCCUCUCACCUCCCGUUCUCCUCUCACCUCCCGUUCUCCUCUCGCCUCCCGUUCUCCUU